ACACGUGUCCAUCUUGAUAAGAGUGGGACCCUUUAAAUCCUCCUCUUACGUCAUCCCUUACCACACUCUCAUCCCUGCUUUUCAACUCCCCCCACAUCGUAUGGUACUUCCCCCACAAACCACCGCAACGAGGGAAAGCCAUGGGCCUCACUGCAAGUCUCCGUUUUCUGCUGUUUUUGCUCUCCAUCUUCUCCCGUGCAGCGGCAGAUCAUGAGCCGCCCAGGACUAUCAUAUUCACGACUCUUGGAAGAAUGGAUUAUGCCUUUGAUAUCUUCACCAUCCCCAUUCAAGCCCCACCAUCGCCAUCCAUGGAGUUCCAAAUCACCGACGGGGAAUCCGUGAAUUUCAACGGUCACUUCCCUUCUUCAUCUCUCGCUCUCCUCUCUCUUUUGCCCGAUCAACCCCAACCAACUCUACAACUCAUCUAUGUUACAGAGAGAAAUGGGUCCUCCACCAUUUACUACGAUGCUAUCUUUUACGAUUCUCCCUCAAGCACCAGAAAACGCUCUGCUCUGGCUUUGCAAGCUCCUAAUAGAAUUCAGCUUCCUCUGUUGUCUGGUGCAGGUCAUGGGAAAACCCUUGUUUCGAUGAAAGAUAAACCCAGUUUGGCUGGGGAUUAUUUGGUUUAUGUUUCCACUCAUGAGGACCCCGGUGAGCCGAGGUCGAGUUGGACCGCGGUUUACUCCACCGAGUUGAGAACAGGAAUGACUCGGAGGCUGACCCCUUAUGGAAUUGCUGAUUUUAGCCCUGCGGUUUCUCCCUCUGGCCUUCGGACAGCCGUUGCCUCAUAUGGUGAGAGAGGUUGGGACGGUGAAGUUGAGGAACUGAGUACGGAUAUCUACGUCUUCUUGACUCGGGAUGGGACUCAGCGAGUCAAGGUAGUCGAGCACGGUGGAUGGCCGUGUUGGGUGGACGACUUGACUCUGUUCUUUCAUAGGAGAAGCAAAGAUGGAUGGAUUAGUGUCUACAAAGCGUCUCUUCCCCAAAAUGGACCGUUUUCUUCCGAGUCAGUGGUGAUUGAACGAGUCACACCACCGGGUUUGCACGCAUUCACGCCAGCCACAUCACCAGGUAACAAAGACUUCAUAGCAGUUGCCACGAGGAGACCCAACUCAGAAUACCGCCAUAUAGAGCUCUUCGACCUUAACUCGAAGAAGUUCAAGGAGUUGACCCGUCCUGUCGCACCAACAACUCACCACCUGAACCCGUUUAUCUCGCCUGACUCAGCCCGAGUUGGAUACCACAAGUGUAGCGGCAAAAGGAAUGAACGAAAAAGCCCCGAACUGUUACUCGAAAAUCUCCAAAGCCCAGUGCCCAACCUUUCUCUCUUCAGAAUUGACGGCUCUUUUCCUUCUUUCUCACCCGUGGGUGACCGAAUUGCAUACGUUGAUUUCCCGGGCGUUUACGUGGUGAACUCAGACGGUUCGGGUCGGCGCGAGGUCUACCCGGAAACCGCUUUCUGGACAGCUUGGGACCCGGUUCGUAAAGGGAUUGUUUACACGAGUACGGGACCCACUUUCGCAUCGGCGAGAACAGAGGUUGAUAUCAUCUCCAUAAACGUUGAUGCUCUUGACCCAUCCAAGGCCGUGAAGAAGUUGACUACAAACGGUAAAAACAAUGCAUUCCCUUCACCAUCACCCGAUGGUAUACGGAUCGUGUUCCGAUCGGGUCGAUCAGGUAACAAGAACCUGUACAUAAUGGACGCUGAGGAUGGCGAAAAGGGUGGGCUCCAAAGGUUGACGGAGGGUCCAUGGACAGACACUAUGUGUGCGUGGUCACCAGACGGUGAGUGGAUCGCGUUCUCGUCGGACCGAGAGAAACCGGGUUCUGGUAGCUUCGAGUUGUUCUUGAUCCAUCCAAACGGAACCGGGUUAAGAAAGUUGGUCCAAAGCGGUUCUGGCGGGCGGACGAACCACCCGAGUUUUAGCCGAGAUGGAAAGACGAUAGUUUUCACUUCAGAUUACGCGGGGAUAUCAGCAGAGCCGAUCUCCAACAUGCAUCAUUAUCAGCCGUACGGGAUAUUCACGGUGAAAUUGGACGGCUCUGAUUUAAAGAGGUUAACACAUAAUUCGUAUGAGGAUGGGACCCCUGUGUGGGCCCCAAGAUAUAUUGAGCCGAGGGAUUAUGUGAAGUGGGGGGGAAGUGGGCCCCGUUGCUCGUUUGAGGACUGUCAUUGGCUCAAUCUGAUGCCGUCAAUACAAGUUUCGUCAAGCAAAUCUCAAUGUUCGAAAUAAUUUUGGGUUGUAUUGAUGGUUUUUGAAUAAACUAAAUUGGUAAAUAUA